AUGUCUGCAGCAGGCGACCGGGCGGCCUCAAGCCGCGCCCCGGACACAACAUCCUACCCAACAUCCAGAGAAACGGGCGAUGUCAUUCCCGACACAAAACAGAACCCCGCUGUUGACAGCAAAGAGUCGCCAUUUGCCAAGUCAUGGGUACAUUUCGUUGCUGGCGGUGUCGGCGGAAUGACAGCAGCAACUCUUACAGCACCUCUCGACGUGUUGAAGACCCGUCUCCAAUCCGACUUCUACCAAGCCCAACUGCGUGCCUCCCAUCAAGCCCGCGCCCAGGCAGUGGGCAGCCUUAGCCCUCUCCGAGCUGCUGCUUUCCACCUGAAGGAAACGUUUCAAAUUCUAGGCUCCGUCUAUAGGAUCGAGGGGCCGAGGGCUCUGUUCAAGGGCCUGGGACCCAACCUCGUCGGCGUCAUCCCCGCGAGGAGUAUCAACUUCUAUACCUACGGCAACGGCAAGCGCCUCAUCGCUGAGUACGGCAACGGAGGCCAAGAGUCUGCGUGGGUGCACCUGUCUGCCGGCGUGCUGGCGGGUGUGACGACGAGUACUGCGACGAAUCCCAUCUGGCUCGUCAAGACGCGGCUGCAGCUCGACAAGAAUGUGGCGGAAAAGAGCGGCGGGGUGACGAAGCGGCAGUAUCGCAACAGCCUGGACUGUAUUCGGCAGGUCCUCCGUACGGAGGGCUUCACCGGCCUAUACAAGGGCAUGAGCGCGAGUUACCUUGGUGUUGCCGAGAGCACGUUGCAGUGGGUGUUGUACGAGCAGAUCAAGAACAAGCUAGCCACUCGCGAGGAGCGCAUCAUCCGGAGCGGCCGUGAAAAGACAUUCUGGGACCGCACGGUGGAUUGGAUGGGCAAUGCUGGUGCUGCCGGUGGUGCCAAAUUAGUCGCGGCCAUCUUGGCGUAUCCUCAUGAGGUUGCGCGAACCAGGUUGCGCCAGGCACCGAUGGCUAACGGCCAGCUCAAGUACACUGGCUUGAUCCAGUGCUUCCGUCUUGUGUGGGUCGAGGAAGGGUUUAUGGGGCUCUACGGCGGCCUCACGCCUCAUCUCAUGCGUACAGUGCCGAGCGCUGCCAUCAUGUUCGGCAUGUACGAGGGCAUCCUCCGCCUGUUCAACACAUCGUCCAAGACCGGAACCAGCCUGUGA